GUUCAGUCAUUGAGUAAAGAAGAAGAAGCAGAAGAAGAAGAACACAAAGGAGUGUGUGAUGUCGGGCUCACAUGAGUGUGUGUGUGUGUGUGUGUGAGAGUGAGUGUAUCACUCUGGAGUGUUAGAGCGCGCGCGCGUGUGUAUGUGUGUGUUUGAGUGUGUUAGAGAGCGGAGUGUGUGUGUGUGUGUGUUUAGCAUUGUAGCCUGUGUAGCUUAAUUACAGCAGGGACAGAGCUCUCUCUCUCUCUCUGUGUGUGUGUGUGUGUGUGUGUGUGUGUGAGAGAGAGAGAGACCCGGGUCCGAUGUGAAACUCCUCUCCGUGUAAAGGUUAACCCAUGCUGGCCUCUGGGCGAUGGACCCCUCUCAGAUGACACCACUGUCCUCCGCUCCGAGGCUCAGGGCAUGGUGACCGCUGUCAGGUGGCGUAGAGCCGGAGCCGAGCGGGCCUGAGGAGGAGGAGGAGGGUCAGGAAGGAGAAGGCGUGAUAAAGAGGAAGAGAGACAGCAGGAGAGAGAGAGAGAGAGGGAACACCAUGGGCCAGUGCGUGAAUAAAUGUAAAAACCCCACAUCCUCUCUGGGCAGCAAAAGUGGUGAAAAGGAUGCUGGGAAAUCCCAUGGCAAAAAAGGAAGCGGAGGAGGCGGGCCGAAAGAGGAGGCCAAGUUUCCUGCCGAUGUCAACGGCACCAAGUCGCCCGAGGUGACCACGGACACCUCCACGACCACACCCCUUUUUGAUGUGAGGAAGGAGGAGCCGCCGCAGGAUGGGGAGGGGCUUUCUCUGGCUCGCAUAGAGGAGAUGUUUCUGUGUUAUAAGGACGAGCACGAGGACGCCAUCUUGGAGGAAGGAAUGGAGCGAUUCUGUAACGACCUGCACGUGGACCCGGCCGAGUUCAGGGUGCUGGUGCUGGCCUGGAAGUUUCAGGCUGCAACCAUGUGCAAAUUCACCAGAAACGAGUUUGUGGAAGGCUGUAAGGCGAUCCGUGCUGACUCGGUGCAGGGGAUCUGUCAGCGUUUCUCAGCCAUGAUGGACGACUGUCGCUCCGAGGAGAACUUUAAGGACUUGUACCGGUUCACCUUCCAGUUCGGGCUGGACUGCGGCGAGGGCCAGCGCUCACUACAGCGCUGCAUCGCCAUCGCCCUCUGGAGGCUGGUGUUCACGCUGGACACGCCGCCCGUGCUCGAGCGCUGGCUCCACUUCCUGUCAGAAAACCCGUGCGGUGUGCGCGGCAUCUCGCGCGACACCUGGAACAUGUUCCUGAACUUCACACAGAGCGUCGGGCCCGACCUGAGCAACUACAGCGAGGACGAGGCCUGGCCCAGCCUCUUCGACUCCUUCGUGGAGUGGGAGAACGACCGGAGCAGGAGGGGACAGGGGCAGAGAGAGACGGGGGGCAGAGUCGGGAGCGGCUCCCAAUCCAACACAGCCGAGCCCACGGCGUGACGGGACAGAAACACACACACACACACACACACACGCGCACCUCUGGGAGCGUACAGGAAGAGCGCAGAGUCCCUGAGAGUGCAACAUAACGGGAAAACGCAGGGCCGGAACUGAUCAUCACCCGGAGUGGGCCCUCAGCACGGCAUGAUGGGAACCUGAGAUAUACGUGACGAGCGUUGUUAUUAUUAUUAUUAUUAUUAUUAUUAUUACCUGGAACUUUAUCUCUGAUGAUCCGACUGCGCUGAUGGGCGUUUUAUAUUUUUAAGCAUUGCUGUAACAUGACAGACGUCCCUUAUACUUCCUCCCCGAGAUAUUUUAAUGUUGUUGUUUUUUUUUUGUUUUUUUUUCCAAAGGGCUCCAAAAGAAAAAAUAUUAACAAAAUGGUGUUUUUUAGCACUUCUAUUUAAUUUAUUGUUUUUAUUUCUUUGCAGUAUUUUAAAAGGAGAAAAAAAAUGUUCUUGAAUAUUUUUACGCCACAACAUCAACACACCCAAAAAAACAGACGCUCCCCAGACGUCUGUGGCUGUGGCAGCCAGCAGUCUGACUUUUGACCAUUUGUUGCUUAUUAAAGAAGGGAAAAUCUGGUCAAUUCCACGUAAAAAUGAUGUCAGGACGAGAGGGGGAGAGAGAGAUCAGAUCAGGGCUUUAACGGUUAACUCCAGCACACACUUUUUCUCAUUAUUCUCUCUCUCUCUCUCUCUCUCUCUCUCUCUAUGUAAUUUAAUGCAGGUUCAUUCACACUCAAAGAUUAUUGUACCUCCUGUUUUUUUUUUUUUUUUUUUUUUUUGCGGUUUACAGUUUGUUUUUUCCCCUUGCAGUGAUUUAAUUUCUGAUUUAUUUUUGCCUGGUUUUAUAUAAAGACGCAAGAAUUUAUAAACUAAUAAAAUGUGUGAAAUUGGGCAGUGGACCACACUAAGCCUCAUCUUCAC